AUGAAUUCUCGAGAGCAUUCAGAGAUCCCGCCGGCUCCGUCAUACCCUUCCCCCAACGCUGCUCAGAUAGCGCAGGGCACCGUGUCUUACUAUGCCAACCAGCGCCAUCUGACCGCAGAUGAGCUUCAUUUGUCCGCAGAGCUGUCCCGCGAGGUUGCUGGGGCCAGCGUGGAUGGAGGGAACGCAGCGUCCGUAGCUGCUGCUGCCACUGCAGCUGCUGCGGCGGCGAACGGGCUGCCUCAUAGUCAGGGAAUGGUGCUGGGCUCUGGGUCCAACGCUGACGGAACAGUGGGCGUCGACCAGCAGCAGGUUCGCCAGCAGCAGCGACAGCAACAGCAGCAGGAUCACCAGGUGCAGCAGCCUUCUCAGGCCCAGCAGCAUAUGCUUCAGUUUUCGUCUACCCAGCAGUCUGGUGUCGACCCCAACCAUGACUUGAGCUAUGGGGACCAGAGCGCGCGUCGGAAGCGCUCAAAGGUCUCUCGCGCAUGUGAUGAGUGUCGUAGGAAGAAGGUUCGUCACUUUGUCAAAGCAUACUUAUUUCGUGUGUAUCUAAUCUUCUUUUUACUCACUGAUAUCUUUAGGUCCGAUGUGAUGCUACCUCUGAAGCUGGUGUCGAGACAUGCUCAAACUGUCGCCGUACCGGCGCAACAUGCGAGUUCAGCCGCGUUCCAAUGA